AGCUGUGAUAAAAAGAAAAACGAAGACAAACUCGACAGAAUGACCUAUAAAAUUACCUUAUACCUACUGGACUGAAACUCCAUUCAGACCUACUGCCUUAACAUACACAGGUGUACAGACUGUGCAGUGCUGCACUAGGUUUAAAGUUUCCGGUGUUCUCGUAAAGAACACCGUUCACCGUGCCGAGGUGCGUCAUUGUUUAAACAGGAGGGCAGCUGGGAUAGAGGAGAGUUCAGACAAGUCGUCUUCUCAAAGAGUGAGCCAUACAGCAUGCACAGUACAGCAAUGAACCAUUUUAUUGUUUUCAUCUGCUUAGUUGCGUUCAGGGAAGCUGUUGGGAGAAGUCCUUUAGCGGUUGACUCGAGCCAUGGUUUUAAGGAAAAGCGCUCCCUUCCAACACGCCAGCUUUUGGUUGGCUACUGGGGACAAAAUGCUAUUGGAACAAGAGUCAGCCGACAAUACUGGGAGAAGAACCUGCGCUACUUCUGCAAUAAUCACAAGUUUGAUGUCUACUUGGUGGCAUUUGUGCACCGGCUUUUCAGGAAUAACAGGAACAGAGACCGAAUUCCUGGAAUGAAUUUUGCCCAUCACUGCAGCUACCCGAUGUACAAAUGCCACCAAGUAGAUAUCAAACUUGUGAUUAUUGCAGAAGUAGCGCAGGUCCUUCUCCCAGUAUUGUCGGCUGACUCUUGUUCCAAUAGUAUUUUGUCCCCAGUAGCCAACCAAAAGCUGGCGUGCUGGAAGGGAGCGCUUUUCCUUAAAACCAUGACUUGA